CGAGCCCAUUCUUUUUCUUUAUUCUGUGGAUUGUUAGCUCUUCUGCUGUUAGGAAGCCACUAUGUCUGGACGUGGAAAGCAAGGCGGCAAAGCUCGGGCAAAAGCUAAAACUCGUUCUUCCAGGGCCGGGCUUCAGUUUCCAGUUGGCCGUGUGCACCGCCUUCUCCGCAAAGGCAACUACUCCGAACGAGUCGGGGCCGGCGCUCCAGUGUACCUGGCGGCGGUGCUGGAAUAUCUGACGGCGGAGAUCUUAGAGCUAGCUGGCAACGCGGCUCGCGACAACAAGAAGACCCGUAUCAUCCCGCGCCACCUGCAGCUAGCCAUCCGCAACGACGAGGAGCUAAAUAAGCUUCUAGGUCGCGUGACCAUCGCGCAGGGCGGUGUCCUGCCCAACAUCCAGGCCGUAUUGCUGCCUAAGAAGACGGAGAGCCACCAUAAGGCCAAGGGCAAGUGAAAUGAUUACUAGUCAAGUCGAUCAGUGAUCCCGAGUCUCAAACAAAGGCUCUUUUCAGAGCCACCCACGUUUUCUGUAAAGUGCUGGAAUACACAUACGAUGCCUGAAAUCUCAAUGUUCACCACUGUCCUAGUUUCACGAACGCUUCUGACGUUACUGGUCAGUUCUGUCUUGAAAUCCUUGCUCACAUUUCAUGCGCUAAUUUAUCUUACUGGUGUUUCUUUGCAGUAAAAAUGCGUUUAUAAAGGUAUACAAGAAUAGAAACCGAGGUUGUGACACCAGGGUGUCACUGCGUUAUUUUGUGUAUAGGUCCAUGGUGUGUAUACAAAUUUAUCAAUACACAGGCUGUUUAUUCAUGUGCACUUGUCAGAAAAGGCUGAAAUACUAAUGCUGAAAUACUAAUGCAGAAAUGAGAGAACAAAGAAGGAUAGCUGCCCAUUAGCAUUUCAGGGCGGGCUUUUUAAGUUUUAAACAUGACUACAUUCCGGCUGGGCUCAGUGGCCCAUGCCUGUAAUCUCAACACUUUGGGAGGCCAAGGCGGGCGGAUCACAAGGUCAGGAGUUCGAGAUCAGCCUGCCCAACAUGAUGAAAGCCCGUCUCUACUAAACAAAUACAAAAAGUAGCCGGGCGUGGUGGUGUGCAUCUGUAGUCCCAGCAACUUGGGAGGCUGAGGCAGGAGAAUCGCUUGGCUCUGGGAGGCAGAGGCUGCAGUGAGCCGAGAUCACGCUAUUGCACUCCAGCCUGGGCAACAGAGCAAGACUAUGUCUCAAAAAAAGACUACAUUCCUCCAGCGAGAAUUGUGUUUGUUGGAUUUCUCUUUUCAAAAGGAGCAAUUAACACAGUAUUCUAAAAUAAACAGUAAACAAAACUAAGCAGUAAUGGCCUGACGCCCUAGCUCAGACCUGUAAUCCCAGCAAUUUGAAAGACCAAGGCUUGAGCCCAGGAGAUCAAGACCAGCCUGGGCAAUGAAGCGAGACAGCCCCCUCAUCUCCACAAAAAGUAAAAAGCCUGCCCUGCCCGGUGGCUCAUGCCUGUAAUUCCAGCACUUUGGGAGGCCGAGAUGGGCGGAUCACUUGAGGUCAGGAGUUCGAGGCCAGCCUGGCCAACAUGGCAAAACCCUGUUUCUACUAAACAUACAAAAAAAUUAGCCAGGCAUGGCGGUGGGCUCCUGAAAUCCCAGCUACUCGGGAGGCUGAGGCAGGAGAAUCGCUUGAACCUGGGAGGCGGGGUUGCAGUGAGCCAAGAUCGUGCCAUUGCACUCCAGCCUGGGCAAUAGAGCGAGAUUCCGUUGCCUCAAAAAAAAAAAAAAGGAAAAAGCCUGGCGUGGUGGCUCAGUCUGAGAUCUUAGAUACUUGGGAGAAUUAGGCGGGGAAGGAUUGAUUGAGCCCAGGAGUUCGAAGUUGCAGCGAGCUAUCGGGGGGCAAAGCAAGAUCCUGU